UCACCAAAUCAGCAUCAGCCUAUGGGCGACCUCUAUAGAGGAAUUCAGCCUUUUGUAGCAAGACUGGCGACACCGAGAGAAGAGAUGGUGACAAAGGGAGGACAAAAUGUUCCUGCUAUCGUCUUGAACCAAGGAGACAUGCAUCAUCAUGGGUGAUAUUGUGUCUCUUUGAUGGUAAUUAGGGAUUAUUUUGAAGGCAAUAUAUAUAUCCGCGGUGUAGCCUAAUCCUGCCGGCGUCGAGCUACGUUCAGGGACACCUGGGACUUUACAGCUUUUUGCCGUCAAGCUUUGUUUUAUUUCCGCACUGGGGAAGCCGAAUGUUGGUUUUAUGAAACGCAUGAAGCGUCGGUGCUUGCUGCCGCACUAGCGAUCCUCACAUAGGGCAGUAUACCGUCCUCCCCGCCGUUAAAGACAUUUUUUAUCGUCCUCUACUAUCCCUCCCUCCGCCUCCUCCCGUCGCCACUACCGCUUUCACCAUGUCCGGACCGACGCUGACGGACCGGAUCGCCGUCGCGCAGCACAGCAUGAGCGGCUCGGCCAUCAGCAAAGCCGUGUGCAAGGCCACGACGCACGAAGUGAGCGGACCCAAGAAGAAGCACCUUGACUACCUGAUCCACUGCACCAACGAGCUAAACGUCAGCAUCCCUCACCUGGCAGACACGCUGCUGGAGCGCACGGCCAGCAACAGCUGGAUCGUGGUUUUCAAAGCGCUCAUCGCCACUCAUCACCUCAUGAUGUACGGCAACGAGAGACUGAUGCAGUACAUGGCCUCCAGAAACACGCUCUUCAACCUCAACAACUUCCUAGAUAAGGCGGCGCUACAAGGGUACAGCAUGUCAACCUUCAUCAGACGCUACAGUCGCUACCUGAACGAAAAAGCCAUGUCGUAUCGGUUAGCGGCGGUGGACUUUACCAAGAUGAAGCGAGGGGCUGACGGCGUGAUGCGCACUAUGAACACGGACAAGCUGAUUAAGACGCUACCUGUCAUUCAGAACCAGCUGGAUGCCCUGCUGGAUUUCCAGCCCAACUCCAAUGAGCUGACCAACGGAGUCAUCAACACGGCCUUCAUGCUGCUUUUUAAAGACUCCAUACGGUUGUUUGCCGCCUACAACGAGGGCGUCAUCAACAUGCUGGAGAAAUACUUUGACAUGAAGAAGCAGCAGUGUAAAGAGGCGCUGGAGAUCUACAAGACUUUUCUCAACAGGAUGACCAAACUGUCAGAAUUCCUCAAAGUGGCCGAGGCCCCAAGCUCACUCCUGGAAGCUCUGGAGCAGCAUUUAGCCUCUCUGGAGGGCAGGAAGCUCAAAGACCUCUCUAUUGCCAGCAGCACUGGAAUCUCCCUCAGCCGAAUGGACGACAAGACGGAGAUGGAUCAUAGACUGCAGCAACACAAGGAGGACGGUCAUAAGGUGAUCGACAUCCAGACGCCCAAUGUGUCCCCCAGUACACAGUCGGUGGGCAGUGCCAACAGCAGCGGAGGGGCUACAGACCUCUUCUCUAACUCCCCCCUUGUGCCAGUGAACAACUAUGUGCCAAAUCUGACCAGUGAGCUGUUCACCUUGCAGCCUACCUUCACCCCCCUACAGACCACACACACUGUGCCCAACAACCCCAACGCCUGGGGAGGUGAUCUCCUCAAGCCAGUGACACACACUCAGAUUCUUAGCCCCGGAGCCCCAUUGCACUCUGGAAAGAUGCUUCACAGUGAUUUGGACUCUUCAUUAGCCAACCUCGUCGGGAACUUGCAGUUUGGUGGUACACCAGCUAAAAGGCCUGAGCUUCAGUGGAGUCAGCUGGUGGAGAAGAAGCCGACGGCGGGCAGCGGCUGGCAGACAAAAACCAUGUGCACCAGCACAAACUGGACUCACUCAGCCCAUCCCAUGGCCCCCGCGCCCAUGCCCGUCCCUCAGAUGAAUGGAGUGAUCUACACUGGCUACGCUCCAGCUCCAGUAGCUUUUCCUAUGACGACCCCCCAAGUGCCUGUCUAUGGAAUGCUCCCCCCUCAGAUGAGUCAUCAGAUGGGGGGUGUUCCCAUGAUGCCCCCACAGCCUGUCAUGUACAACCAGCCGGUCCUUAGACCCACCAAUCCCUUUGGACCCAUACCGGGGACACAGAUGCACUUCAUGUAAAACAACGAUGCCGCGAUCGUGGCAUCCAAGCCCAGAGCGCCAGAGAAAGAGCUGUGAAGACAACAAACUGGACAGUGGGACAAAGAGAGAGGACAGAGAUGGAAUGAAAGAGAGCCGAAGAAGGAGGAAAAAGAACCGGCCCUUGGCCCUCCUCGCUUCCAGUCAGUGUCGCAGACUGAUUGCUCUUCAAAUCCAAAUGCAGAGGCACCAGAGGCUACAAUCCCACUCACAUCAUUUGCCAACAAUCGACCUGUGAUGACGCUACGACUCCACUGAAGCAUAGCUGCUCAAUCGCCACCCGCUCUGACCGUCUCCCUACGUGUCCCUGGAGUUUAAAAAACAUUGGAUCGUUUUUCUGGCACUUUACUCAAUGUGAUCUUUGCCAAGGGUGUGCGUGUGUGUGUGUGUGUUUUGUUCCCAUUCAAAUCGUUUUACAUGUUGGUGUGUUUUUUUUUAGCUCCAUUUGUUGUUCUUGUUUGCCAACUUCACUUCAUUAGGGGGCAUGCCGUGUAUGUGUGGAUAGAUUGUGUAUGUUUUUGUGUCACUGCACUGGAACUACUGACAAAAAGCACUGAGCCAGACCCAGGAAUCGCAAAUUUGGAUGUAAUCGAACCCCUUUGACGACUUUCUACUUUACACUGUUAUUUUCAUUCCUCUGCAGCUGGGCUAUAAAUGCAAAACCAGUUUUUUUUAGAUUUCGCUGUGUUGUCGUCAGAAUUAUGUACAGAAACGCUCUUUUGUAUCCUCAAAUGCACUAAGAGCCAGAUAGAUGGUCUCUUAUCUGAAAUGUUCAAAGCCCCCACCAAGGGUGUGUACGAUGUCCUUUCCUGACCAGGAGACAAAAAAAAGUCAUUUUAACAUGCCAGACAAGGGUAAUUACUGCAGAAGACGGGUUUGUUAAUGUAGUGUUAACAUUUAUGCAUAGGACAUCUAAAAAGGUCAGCGAGCAGAAUUAACAAGGCGGCUGAGGGUUAAUGCCCGUCAAUCACGGCCCAGCCGUCCGAGGUUGAUAGAUUAGCUGGGACAGCUUUAAUGAGAUGUUCAAUGUGAGACUUUGAUCUGUCUUUACAGCACAAAAAUCUUUAGAUGAUGGGGCAAAGCUCUGCUGCACAAAAAAAACUAAAAAUCAUUGCUGGGAUGUACAGUCCAAAGGGGCAAUAAUCAAUCGGGCUGUGUUUGUUUUUUUUAUUCGUGGCAUUUGUUGUGUAGGAGAGGCGACGUGUUUCUUGGUUUAAGAGCGAGUGGUUUGUUUUGACCCUGUCUCAAGUCUGUGCAAGGACUCGAACGCUCGAGUUCCCUACUAAAAGCGAGCCAAAGCCGACGCCCCUGCCGUUUCAGUGACUACCAGCAGUUUGACGUUGGAAAUAGGCUCCAAGGCUGCCUGAUAUUUGAAUAUCUUUACUUUUUCAUCACUGUGUUCCAGGGGGUUUGUCUUUGUCCGUCAGCAGGGGCAACCACUGAAUGCCUGUUAAGUAUGUCCUCUGUAAAUAGGCAAUGCUGUUCAUGUGUGUUUUUAGACGUGUUCCUUGUACUGUGGUGGCCGGAGUCCACCUCUCCCUUACCCUCUGUUGGAUGACGUACUGUGUGUGAGACAAUUUCUUGCUGUAUCUGUGUUUGAAUGGUUGUGUUUUCACGGUGUCAUAGUCCAGAGGCUGGUGGAAGGUUUGGGGUUUGAUGUUAAUCAUGUUUCUGUCCGUCCACAGGGGGAGGGAAGGGGUUUAGGGGUGUUUAAGUUAAACUGAAGCCCCUUUCACACAGCCUGUAAAAACAGUCUUUUUCCUCUGUUGCCCCUAGUCUACAGAAUAGACAAUGAAGUUGGAAAUUAUCUGCCUUCAGAGGUAGUCUCAGAGCCGUAACAUCGGUGGGAGGACGUCUGUGUGGAAGGAUAUUCUGCAAUCCUGACUCUUACUUCUACUGUCCUGUACUGUUGAAAGCAAUUGUCUGAUUAUCCAAUGCCGUGUUGCGCCCUGAGCAAAAAGGCCAAUAAAAGCUGGAUCCGCUGCUGUUACGGCUCUGACGCGGCUAAUUUGCGGGAUUUCUGUGUAAAAGAGGCUUAUCACAACUGGUCUAUACCAAGAGUGUCUUCAUCAAGGAAGAGGACAGGACAGGGUCUGUCUUCUUUGAAAAACAGGAACAUUUUUUUGCACCAAAGUCAUCAAUGCGCAGCUUCUAAGUCAAGGUCGUUAUGGAGGGUCAGAACUCAAAUUUUUAGGUUGGGUUACAAUUCAGUUAUUUUGAAAGUUGUGGUUUUUUUUUUGCAUGAUUAAGUGUUGUCUUUUUAUUAGAUCGUGGGCCUGUUAACAGCAUGACCAUUGUCGUAACUUUCACUUCUAUCUUGUGCGUUUGAAAACUGUUUCUGCACAAGAUCUUUAUUUUUUCAUUCCUUUCCAUGGAUGCUAAUUGACAUUCAUAAAUCAUAUGGUUUUACAACACAGUGGGGCCUCGGUGACUGUUUGAAGGCUGCCAUGCAUGCAGAAAUGCAAACCGUGCAGGAAUCCCAAGAAGAACUUCAAACCCGGCUACUAUCUUUGUAAAACACCAUGAAUGUCAAUGCCAGUUUUUUUCUCAUUGUAGCAAGCUCAACAUUGCAGUCUUGUUUAAGAUUGCCGUUUAUAAUUAAAAACAAGCCUUGCUAUUUUCCAAUAUGUGUUUGAAAGCUCGCUCCUUUUUCAUACAAUUUCCAGCAGCAUCAUGGCAGGUUUUGCGGAUGAAAGUCAAAAGUACUGUAAUAAGUGUUUGGUCUGGUCCAUGUUGUGCAGUGUAUCUUAACGUGUUUGCUCAGUCUAGUCCUGUCUGUUGGCAUUAUAGCUGAUAUUAAAAUGUUCCCAGUCCACCACUCGGCCCUGGUUACCUAAGAGACAAAAACACAGGGCAAAAUCCACUAGAAGCCUCAACGUAAAACUAUUACAAAGCAACAACAUACCAGGUCGUAGCAAGUGCACAGCCUGAGGACGGGCCUCUAUAAACUUUAUUUUUGUAACACACAGAUUACCUGUCAGGUGUACGCCGCUUAUUCUUUUCUUCUAUUUUUUCCUUUUCUGUAAGAGAGACAAAACAAAAAGCUACAGGUUUGUUAGUUUGAGCACACUGGAGUUCAUCAGAAUUGUUUUUCACACUACAAACUGUAGAAAUAUCAUACGAAACAACAUGAAACAAAGUUAUCAUAGAAAUCCCCAGAUACCAUGAAAAUGUAUCCACUAGUUGCAUCCAUAAUCUCCAAUGUUCUAGUCGUUAGUAUACAGUUUACAAAGGUUUUUAAUACUUAAGACCCAAAACAGAUCCAUCCAUCCAUUUUCUACCGCUUAUUCCCUUUGGAGUCGCGGGGGGCGCUGGUGCCUAUAUCAGCUACAAUCGGGCAGAAGGCGGAGUACACCCUGGACAAGCACCAAAUUGAAAUGUAGACUACAUGACAUUUAUUAUAGCAUCAGCUAAGUUUGAAAGGUUUUGGACCAUUAACCGAAGUUUGGGAAACUCUGGUCUGCAGAAUCAGCGCUCGUCAUAGAUGAAGAAAAUAGUCAAUAUGAACGUAACCAUUAAUAACCUGGUAGUUUCAAUUCGCAUAUCGUAAGAUUACCAAACCCAGGAUUUAAAUGAAAAACAAUCAGAAAUAAGAGAUUGAGUUUCGGCAUAAAUCAGAACAUGCCAAUGCCAACGGUUUCAAAUGGAUGGCAGUUAAGAAUUGCAGAGAGGUGCAACAGCUUGAGAAAAUAAAGCAAUAUAAGCUUCAGAAAAUCUGUUUUUCAGGGAGUAAGGAAGGCUCACUGGCACACUUUAAAAACAUCUGGUCUAUUACCUCAGCAUACCCUGUAUAGACUGCUUAAUUGACUGUCUCCAUAUAUCCUUUUUGUUUGCAUACAAAAGCAAUGAUCAUCACCACGAAACGAAAGCUGAUGUAUUUGGAAGGAAACUGAAUAAAACGUCAUCUGAUGCUUAA